AUGAACACCAAGCCGAUAGAUCAAAAUACCACCAAGAGUGGACCAUGUGAUAAACACGCUGGCCUUGAUACAGACGACCAAAUCUUGGCACACCUCGGCCAUGAGCAGGAACUCCGCCGCGAGUUCUCUGUCUUUACACUGGUUGCUCUUUGUUCCUGCCUCAUGGCGAGCUGGGAAGCCCUGGCAACCGUAAUCGCUACUGCUCUCACAAACGGUGGACCGCCAUGGCAGUAUCACUGGGUAGCGGCCCUCAGCAUGUCCUCGAGGAGAUCUGCACCUGCUUUCACGACUGGCUGGAUUUCUGUUGGUGGGCAGCUUGUCUUUUCAGCAUCCGCCGCAUUCGCGGCUGGGCUUCAGAUCCAAGGAUUGAUAGUCCUGAACGACAGUGAUUAUAUGCCAUCUCGAUGGCAAGGCAUGCUCCUCUACUGGGCAGUAUUGGCAUACUCUUGCGUCACGAAUGUGUGGGGGAUCAAGUCAUUACCUCAUACCAACAUGUCAGCUGGAGUCAUUCAUGUCGUCGCGUUCAUCGGCACGGUUAUCGUGCUCUUGGUCCUCUCGGACAAGAAUCCUUCCUCGUUCGUCUUUGCCAACUUCCAGAACAGCAGCGGCUGGGCGAACGAUGGCGUGUCAUGGCUGGUGGGUUUGUUGAGUGCCGUCUAUCCGUUUCUAGGGUACGACGCAGCUUGCCAUAUGGCGGAGGAGCUACCUUUAGCCAGUCGAAACGUGCCCCUGGCUAUGAUGGGGACUGUGUUGAUCAACGGGAUCAUGGGCCUGGUCUACUGCAUUGUGAUCCUGUACUCGACUGGAUCUCUCGAAUCUCUUCUGGCCACGCCAACUGGCUUCCCGUUCAUGCAGAUCUAUCUUACAGCCACAAAAUCUCGAGUUGGAGGCACGAUCCUUUCCGUCAUGAUACCCAUCAUCGCAGCAGCUGCCAGUGCUGCUGGCCUCACGUCGACUUCAAGAACGCUCUGGGCCUUUGCCCGUGACAAGGCAACACCCUUCGAUCGGUACCUUAGCAAAGUGGACAAAAGGCUCCAGAUCCCCGCGAAUGCCGUGUUUGUCACAGCAGCCAUCCAGGCUGCCCUGGGACUAAUCUAUCUCGGCAGCGCCACCGCUUUCAAUGCAUUGCUCUCCAUGGCUGUCAUCGGCAUGUAUCUAUCAUACCUGCUACCGAUACUUUACAUGAUAGGCUAUGGCCGACGGCCUGAUAUGAACAAGGUCGACCGAUAUUUCAGGCUUCCAAACUCCCUGGGUAUGGUGGUGAAUCUCGUCUCAUGUGCUUGGAUUGUUCUGGUCAUCAUUUUCAGCACGUUCCCCCCGGUUCUACCAGUCACGGCUCAAACGAUGAAUUACUCUUCUGUAGUUUUCACUGGCUGGCUUCUAUUUGGCGCUGUAUACUACUGGCUGUAUGGGAGGCACAAGUUUGAGGUUCCAAUGUCAGAUGUGUUGAUCAUCUCGGCGGUUGAGGGUUGA